AUGGCUGAGCCUCUCGUAUUCAAGGGUACCCUCGCCGGCCACUCCGGCUGGAUCACCGCCAUCGCUACUUCAAGUGAAAACCCAGACAUGAUCUUGACCGCUUCCAGGGAUAAGACCAUCAUCGUCUGGCAACUCACUCGAGAUGAUGGAUCUUUCGGUUUCCCCAAAAAGAUCCUCCACGGUCACAACCACUUUGUAUCUGAUGUAGUCAUCUCAUCAGACGGUCAAUUCGCUCUUUCCUCAUCGUGGGACCACACCCUUAGAUUAUGGGACUUGAACACCGGUUUGACCACUAGAAAAUUCGUUGGACACACUGGUGACGUUCUUUCCGUCUCAUUCUCAGCUGACAACCGACAAAUUGUCUCCGCCUCCCGAGACCGAACCAUCAAGCUCUGGAACACCCUCGGUGAAUGUAAAUUCAACAUCACCGAAGAUGGUCACUCCGAAUGGGUUUCAUGUGUUCGAUUCUCCCCUAACCCCGUUAUCCCUGUCAUCGUAUCUGCCGGUUGGGACAAGACCGUCAAGGUUUGGGAACUUUCCAAGUGUAAGCUCAAGACCAACCACUACGGUCACACCGGAUACAUCAACACCCUCGCUGUCUCUCCCGAUGGAUCCCUCGCUGCUUCAGGUGGUAAAGAUGGUAUCACCAUGCUUUGGGACUUGAACGACGGUAAACACCUUUACUCCCUCGAUGCCGGAGAUGUCGUCAACGCCCUCGUCUUCUCCCCUAACCGAUACUGGCUCUGUGCUGCUACCUCCUCUUCCAUCAAGAUCUUCGACCUUGAAUCCAAAUCAAUCGUCGAUGACCUCCGACCAGACUUUGACGGUCUCUCCGACAAAGCCCGAAAACCCGAAUGUACUUCUCUCGCUUGGUCCGCUGAUGGUCAAACUCUUUUCGCUGGUUUCUCAGACAACCUCGUUAGAGUUUGGGUUGUUGUCGUAUAG